UGGUUCAGCCCUUAAAUAGUGAGAGUGGCUGCCGACCCAAACUCAGAUUUCAAGACGAGCUGGUGUGUUGAUGUCAGACUCCUUUGGACAGUAUGAAGGUUCUUUUAUUUACCUUUAUCCUAGUACCUUGGCUGGAUGCAGCCUCGUCCAGGAGGUCUGACAAGGACUCACAGCUGAUACCUGGAUCUCUACCUAGCAGGGAACUGAACGGAUAUGUCAGUGACUAUUUUAAAUCAAAGAAGUUUAGGAGGGCCUUACCUCCCGCUGACGAACCGGACGACAGUCCAAUUACAGUUGGAACAAACACCACUAACCUGCCCACGUGCCUGCUGUGUGUGUGUCUGACUGGCUCUGUAUACUGUGAGGAGGUCGACCUGUCUUCGGUUCCCACACUGCCUAAAGAGACAGCCUACCUCUAUGCCCGAUUCAACAACAUUGAAAAGCUCACUGCUAAAGAUUUUGGUGACAUUGUAACUCUGAAGAGGAUUGACCUGACAGGCAACAUGAUCUCAGAGAUUGAUGAUGGAACAUUUUCUAAGCUAACCAUGCUGGAGGAAUUGUGUUUGGCUGAGAACCGACUGGUAAAACUACCUACCCUUCCUGUCAAACUUACGUCUUUUAAUGCCAACCACAACCAUCUCAAAACCAAGGGUGUAAAGGCCAAUGCUUUUAAGAAAAUGACAAAGCUGGUCAACCUGUUCAUGGCUAACAACGAGCUUGAAGCUGUUCCACACAUCCCAGAGAGUGUUCGGAUCUUACAUCUACAGAACAACAACAUCACUGAAGUCAACAAAGACACCUUCUGUAAGUCUAAUGACACCUACUACCUGCGACUAGGCCUCAGUGAGGUCCGUUUAGAUGGCAACCCUGUGGUACUGUCCAAGUACCCUGACAGUUUUACCUGUAUGAAGGUACUGCCUUCUGGACGUUACCGCUGAGGAGGAUUUACUAUAGCCCUUUGUUGCUGAUGAAACAUUGUCACACAACCCAGUGGUGGAGGAUACCAUGAUAUUCUGGAUUUUGGGGUGCCAGUCCGAUAGGAGUCAGUUAUUUUAUUACAGUCAACAUUUUUAACAGCCUGUGACAUUGUGAGGUCAAAAUGAAACCAUUAACUAUCCUGAAUGUGUAAAGCUGAAGGAGUUUCUCUGCUACGGACUUCAUCCGUUUUACUGUCUUGUGUAGCAUGUUUUCAUGACGACCUGGUCUGAAGGUACAACUGACUACAUGAUGCCAGUAGAAUUGAUUUAACCUCACCUGAGUGGGAAGCAUCAACAAACCUACAAUGGCAAAUCAGUUUAUGGUUUAAUUUUGACCAGAUGCUGCUCUGCCUGAAUCAAACCAGACUAACUACUACUACUACUACAGUAGAUGAUCCAACAGGCCAUAAGGCUUACUUAUACCGGUUUGUUUACCUGAAUACAAAAUAAAAUCUACAAGUUUAAUAUUGUACAUUUCAUACAUGAGGAAUACUUGACACUUGCAUGCUAAUAUUUAGUCUUAUUUCCCUUAACCACACCUUCCUGAUGACAGUGACAGUGUGAGCAUUUUUUAACAUGUCUCAUAUUGUGUCUUUGUUGCAUCAACAUUUCUUUUGUCAGACUAAUUUGUGGGAGAAAUAAAUGGAUUGCCAUGGAUUCUCAGAAUAAUUCCUAGAUCUAAAUAAAAUCUGGGCUUUGCUCAGUUAUUGUGUGACUAAAGCUCACUUUACUAAUGUCACUGUAAAAUUUCGACAACAACCAUGUAACCUUGUCCAACUGCAGACUUUGAGUGAUGUACCUUUGUUUUUUAAUUUAUAGACAUGUGUUCAUGUGACUUGGGGAACAAUGUAUCUACAGUAUGAAAUAUAGCAAUGUGAAAAUUACUUCUCUUCCUUUUGUCUGCUUUUAAAGUGUCUGGUUCCAAACACUUCAAUAUUAGUAAGUACUACUUUAUACGUUAUAACUGAUGUGAAUAAGAUACUGUAGUUGUGUAUGUGACAUGGCUUUGUUUUAUGAUUAUUUGAAUAAAGUUAAGCCUUUUUUAAUCAAAUAUCAAAUUAAGUUUUCACUCCCUGCAAAGUGUUAGAAGGACCAAAUGAUAUUGUCAUCACCACUAGUACAAUAAAAACCACAUUCAUUAUGGCUGACAGGAGUCUGCGUAUGUUUGUUUCUUUAUACAGGCAUGUAACACAAUGUUCACAAUGGAAAAAUGUCAAUUGGUGAUUGGGCACAUGGUUGCAAAUGUCUGUGGUUUGUACGUGCUAUACGCUGCAGCUGACAAUAACUUGCAGUUGUUUAGCCCAGUCUUGACAGGCUAGUUAAUGUUAAUGUUUCCUUAUUCUCGUUGCACAAUAUUGCAAUAAAGUCUUACCUUGUUAAACUGAAAA